UCUACAAAACGGCAAGCAGUGAGAGGCUACUUACCUGUGCUUCUAGCAGGGGAGAGAUAAGAAGGCUGUCUUCCAACCUUAAUUCUUAGAUUAUAUUCUCUCUUGGCUAUUUUUUUUUUUACAUGUGUUUUUUUCUGGGGUUUUUUUUUGUUUUUUGUUUUGUCAUCACAGUUAUUUUUUUUACACUGAAAAAUUAAGCCUACGAAGCAUAAGGGCAAACUGACUGCUCUACUCUGCAUGUUGGAGGAACUAUUGCAUUUUUUUAUUUUUUUUAUUUUUUUAUCAUCCGAUGGAGAGUUUUUGAUGCAACUUCUUGAUUAGCUGCUCACAAGUGAAGUGAGAGAAGGGGGGUGGGGGGAUUUGAAGAACUUAAAUAAUAAGAAGGGGGGAGGAAGGAUAAAACCUGAGAAAGAAUGCCAUUUCAGAAAAAAGGCAGCUGAGAAUCAAGUUUCAAGACUCCUUUAGAAGCUCCGAGAGUGGGAAUGUAACAGUGUAACAGAGAGAGAAGCAUGAAGACAGCGAAGAGUAGCUUCUCCUUCAGGAAAAAGCAGAACUAGGAAUGUGUACUCUGGAUCGGAAUGAAUAUGGAAAGUGGGGAGGCAGCAGAAAAAGAAGGGGCAUUGCCUGCUCACUUUCCCACUACCUACAAGGGAGCCUGUAAGAAUCACACCAGAAGAUGAGCAAAGACAUACAUUCAUCAGCCUGCACUGAAUUAUGAUUGAUCAGGCAUGAUCCCUGCUGCACUUUAAUGGAAAUCAUUCAGUAGGGAAUUGGAAGGUGGAGCACCCAUGAGUAGAUUAGCAUAUUCUUGUUUACUCAUCCUAGGAGGGGGCUUUUCUUUCAUUUUGUAAGGGAGGAGAGAGGAGGGGGCCAGGGGAUAGUGUGGGCUUCAGCUUCUGUUAUAAAGAAGGCAAAAAAUGAUAUACAUAUAUAUUAAUAUAUAUUCUACUGCAGCAUGGUUUAAGGGGGCGAGAUAACCAUUUAAGUGUGAGAUAUUGCAUACAUUGCAUCCCCCUUUUGCAAUAUUUGAUUUAACAACACCAAAAAAGAAUGGAUUCAAAAUUUAGGGAACUGAUGGAAGCAGUGGAUACCUUUAUUGAAAGAAAAGAUCAACACAUCAAGUUCAUCUUGUUUUUCUAAGUCCAAAAUUCUCUAUCAGGAAGAUUUUAGCCAACAACACCCAGAGAAAAAAAAAAAGGUCCAUUACCUAAAGAGGAGAGAGACCAAAACUGGCAGAUCGGGAUAGUGGGGAGAAGGGGGGGACUGUUGGACAUGCUGCUCUGGACUUUGCUGUUGCCUCUUGGGCUCCUCUGUGCAGCCUUGGCAAGUGCUUCGCAGUGUGGAAUGGACGAGCGGUCGCAACGGCCACGGGGGAACGUCCGGAAUCCCCGCAGCCUGUGCAAGUUUUCGGAGGGAUCGUUUGCCACUAGUCUUGCACGGGGUCGGCGAUCCCUCACCAGCUUAGAACAUUUGCGAAUACCCCAGAGAAGGAAGCAGCGGGAAGCAAAGGAAACUUCCAAUUUGCCGACCCCGGGAAAGGCUCUUUAUUUCACAGGGCAAGGAGACCAGCUGCGUCUGAAGUCGGGUAAUGACUUGCCAAGGGACACAUUCACCUUACAAGUUUGGCUUCGAGCCGAGGGAGGGCAGAAAUCUCCAGCAGUGAUCGCAGGACUUUAUGACAAAUGUUCUUACACCUCUCAUGAUCGUGGCUGGGUCCUUGGAAUUGAGGCUUUGAGUGAUCAGGGUACGAGAGAUCCUCGGUAUUACUUCACCUUAAGGACUGAUCGUGCACGGAAAGCAACCACCAUCACUGCUCACCGCAGCUACCUCCCGAACCAGUGGGUACAUCUUGCUGUGACCUACAAUGGUCGAAUUAUCAAACUAUAUAUUAAUGGGGCCCAAGCAGCUACAAGUAGUGAGCAAGUUGGCCCCAUCUUUAGCCCUCUAACUCAAAACUGCAAAGUUCUCAUGAUUGGUGGAAAUGCCCUGAAUCAAAAUUACCGGGGAUACUUGGAACAAUUUAGUCUCUGGAAAACACCUCGUUCACAGGAGAAAAUAGUCCAUGACAUGGGCCAAGCAGUUCAUGGGCUGAGCAACUCUCUACCUCAACUUGUUCUACAAAAUAGCUUUGAGAAUGUGAAACGUGCCUGGACUCCAAUGAAGAAUGGCAAAUUUCCACAAAUAGAGAACAUAUACCACCAUGGUUCAUCACUGGACACCAUUCUAGAUUUGCCUCAGUGUGGGCAAACCCUCUGUGACAAUUUGGAGGUGAUCACCAAUUAUAACAAGUUUACAAGUUUUCGACGACCAAAAGUUGUCCGUUAUAGAGUGGUCAACAUAUAUGAUGACAACCAUGAGAAUCCAACUGUUACCAAAGAUCAAAUUGAACUUCAGCAUCAAAAAUUAAAUGAGGCAUUUAGUAAAUACAACAUUACCUGGGAACUGGAUCUCCUAGAAAAGAAUGACUCCUUCUUACGUCAUAGGCUUAUCCUUACCAACUGUGACAUCACUAAAAUUGGUGAUGGCAUGUGUGAGCCUGAGUGCAACCAUGCACUUACAGGAUUUGAUGGUGGUGAUUGCCGCCAUAUCAUUCCUUCAGUGGCUUUGAAAAAGAAACAAAAUGGAGUGUGUGAUAUGGAUUGCAACAUUGAAUCUUUUCACUUUGAUGGUGGAGACUGCUGUAACCCUAAUGUCACUGAUGUCACAAAAACGUGCUUUGAUCCUCAGUCACCUCACAGGGCUUAUUUGGAUGUGAAUGAGAUGAAGAACCGUCUAAACUUAACUGGAUCAACUCAGCUCAACAUAUUCUUUGCAAAUUCAUCAGAAGAGCUAGCUGGUGUGGCCACCUGGCCCUGGGACAAGGAGGUUCUAACACACCUAGGUGGCAUUGUUAUGAACCCAUCCUUUUAUGGUGUUCCUGGGCACACACACACAAUGAUCCAUGAGAUUGGCCAUAGCCUGGGACUCUACCAUGUCUUCCGUGGCAUAUCUGAGAUCCAGUCCUGUAGUGACCCUUGCAUGGAGACAGAUCCAUCCUUUGAAACAGGGGAUCUCUGUCGUGAUACCAACCCAGCUCCCAAGCACAAGAUGUGUGGAGAUCCUGGUCCUGGUUCAGGAAAUGACACUUGUGGAUUUCAGACAUUUGUUAACACUCCCUUCAACAAUUACAUGAGCUAUGCAGAUGAUGACUGUACGGAUUCCUUUACACCCAAUCAAGUUGCCAGAAUGCACUGCUAUUUGGACUUGGUGUAUCAAAGUUGGCAACCAACCUCAAAACCCUUGCCAGUGGCCAUCGCUCCUCAAAUUGUGGAGCGCACCCCAGCAUCCGUCACUUUGGAAUGGUUUCCACCUAUAGAUGGACACUUCUAUGAAAGAGAAGUGGGAACAGCCUGUCACCUGUGUGCAGACCAAAGGGUGUUAGUGCAGUAUGCCACCAAUGCAUCUUCUCCAGUACCCUGCAACCCAUCUGGCCACUGGAGCCCAAGAGAAGCUGAAGGUCAUCCUGAUGUUGAACAACCAUGUGAAACAAGUGUACGCACCUGGAGCCCAAACUCAGGAGCAAAUCAUCGCACUGUGCCACCAACUUGUCCUGAACCACAUGGAUGUUAUUUGCAGCUGGAAUUUAGUAAUGCAGUGGUACCUCAGUCACUCACAAUAUGGGUGACAUUUGUAAAUACAGAAAGGGACACAAGUGGCGCUGUUGUGUAUGUGAAACUUCUCAUGGUUAAUGGGAAGGAGUUAUCUCUGGGAACCCAGAAUAUUUUCUGUGAUGUGCCACUGACCAUCAAGUUAGAUAAUAAAGACAUCAAUGGGGAAGUGUUUGCCAUUCAGAUUUACACCAAAGACAACGAGCUGGAGAUUGAUGCAGCCAUGAUCAAUUCUGUGCCAAACAGCCCUUUGUGUGCAAGCUGCAAGCCCAUCCAUUAUAAAGUACUUCGAGACCCACCAGUGGAAGGCGAAUUCCCUUCUUUCAUCUCCAAUCUUCAUAGAAGAUACACAGACACGGAUCUGAUUCCUAACAAUAUCUACAAAUAUCAAGUGGUGACCAUGUCUGGCGAUAAGGAGAGCGAGCCGUCCCCAGAGUUGAUUUAUCGGCAUGGAAGUGGCUACUGUGGGGAUGGAAUCAUCCAAGAGGACCUUGGAGAGGAAUGUGAUGACAUGAACAAGCUGAAUGGUGAUGGCUGCUCGCUCUUCUGCCAACAGGAGGUGUCUUUUCACUGCCUUGAUGAGCCCAGCAAAUGCUAUUUUCAUGAUGGCGAUGGAGUCUGUGAGGAGUUUGAAAGAAUGACAAGCAUUAAGGACUGUGGUGUUUAUACACCAAAAGGAUUUCUGGAUCAAUGGGCAUCAAACGUCUCAGUCUCACACCAGAGUGAACAGCAGUGCCCAGGGUGGGUUGUGAUUGGUCAGCCAGCAGCAACACAGGUUUGUAGGACCAAGGUGAUUGCACUGAAUGAUGCACUGUCCCAAUAUGCUUGGUAUCCCUGCACAGUUACUUAUCAUGUAAAUUUCUGGUUAAAGGCCUACUUUAGUCGACCUGUCGUAGUUGCUGCUGUUAUUGUCCACCUAGUGACGGAUGGGACCAAUUUAAAUGAGCACAAGCCAGAGACCUUAAGUGUGCAGUUAAUCGAUACCAAGGAACAACUACACGAUUUGGGUGUCCAUAUUCUUAGCUGCAGAAACAAUCCUCUGGUGAUUUCUGUGAUGCAUGACCUCAGUCGCCCUUUCUACCACAGCCAAACUGUCCUCAUUAGCUUUACUUCUAAUUUUGUGGCCAUCUCUGGGGUGGCCCUACGCUCCUUCCAUGAUUUUGACCCUGUCACAAUCAGUAGCUGUCAAAGGGGAGAGAUAUACAAUGCAGCUGAGCAAAGCUGUGUUCAGUACUCAUGUGAAGUUACUGAUUGCCAGGAACUAGAAAUCGAGAAUUCUGAUGUGAACUGCACAAGUGGUCACUACAGUGAGGCCCAGUGUGAGGUAACAUGCCACACUGGCUACAUACUUCACAUACACAGGAACGAUGAUCUCUUGAAAACCCAGUUUGAGUCUCACAUCAUCCUAACAUGCAGAGAUGGCAAGUGGAGCAAGCAGGUAACAUGUGAGCCCGUGGACUGUGGCUUUCCUGAUAAGAGUCAUAUACACCCAGCAAUAUUCACAUGCCCCCAAGGGACAACUUAUGGAAAACAAUGUUCUUUCCAAUGCCGUCUACCUGCACAGCUCCGUGGUACCAAUAAUAUGUUAACUUGCAUAGAAGAUGGACUGUGGUCUUUUCCUGAAUCCAUCUGCGAACUCAUGUGCUUGGCACCACCUCCAUUGCCAAAUGCUAUCUUGCAGACUGCCAGAUGUCAUGGUGAUGGCCAUAAGGUUGGAUCUUUUUGUAAAUAUAGGUGCAAGCAAGGAUUCCAUGUCAGUGACCCACUGAAGAAGACCAAGAAGAAGGCAUUCAAAACACAGUGCAUGGAGGAUGGAAGCUGGCAUCAGGGUAAAUGUGUGCCAAUUACUUGCAAACCCCCUCAUCCAAAGUUUCGUGGGCUUUACCAGUGCACACAUGGCUUUCAGUUCAACAGUGAGUGCAAGCUCAUGUGCGAGGACAGCAAUAACCAGUCAGAUAAGGGACACAAUGUAAUCCAGUGUAGAAAGGAUGGCACUUGGAGUGGCAGCUUUCAUCUAUGCCAGAAUAUUAAGGGGCAGUGUCCAACUCCGCACCAAAUGAAAAACUCCAUGAAGAUCCACUGCUCAGAAGGAAAUGAGAUAGGAGCCGAAUGUUUGCCCAUCUGUCUGAAUCACAAUGUGGAGGAUAACAAAUUGGAAGCUGUCAUUCUACCAGCUAACAUAACUGAAAAAAAUCUCCCGCACUGGAUGAGCCCACUAAGAGUGAAGAAAAUGAUCUGCACAGCUGGGCUCCAGUGGUAUCCUCUCCCAGAAGAACUUCACUGCAUCAAAAGCUGUGAGCCAUUCAUGGGGGAUAAUUAUUGCGAUGGAAAUAAUAAUCGAGCCUUCUGCAACUAUGAUGGAGGGGAUUGUUGCGUCUCCACAGUUAAAACGAAAAAGGUAACACCCUUUCCUGCAAACUGUGACCUACAAGGGGAGUGUGCAUGUCUUGAUCCAAAAGCUGAGGAAAACAUCCAUAAAGAUGCUCACCAUCCAAGCCUUGGAUGACACUGAACAAUAUUAACUAUGACCACCAACCAAAGGCAGACUGGAAGACGCAUCACAUUCCUUCUGAUAUUAAUUUUUACAUUAGCUGCUGAUCUGGAUAGCAUUUCUGCACCAGGGACCAUUAACAUGAACAGCCUGCCUUUCCAUAUCGGUGAAAGACUCAGACUGAGAAUAUUGUAUUACAUGAAUUAAAAUGCCAUAAGGAACAAAUGACUAUGCCAAUAUAAGAAAUCAAACCGUUUGUGUUGUUGGAUGACCAGAAGGCAAGAUACAAGCCAUAAUAGAGCAUACAGCCAACUCGACUGGGAGUUUCAUGUCCUCCAUUCCCUCAUAGAUGCUCACAAAUUCUGAAGGGAACCUCAACGGAGGUCCUUCUUUGAAGAUUGAAUCAUCUAUACUAUGAUGUGGAAACUGGAAUGUUCCAAUCUUCUGAAAGCUGGUCUUCAUCCUAAAUAGUGAUGUCAACUGACAUGCCAACUUGUCAGUUGUAGAUCCAAGCUGUUCUCCUGUUCUGUUAAAUGCCUUGCGGCAGAUGUAUAUGGGUACUUUCUUAAGACACAUACACACACACAAAUAAAACCCAAUUCUAGUUGUUUGAUCAUACCGGUUGCUGCUAUUCCUGCUGCUAUGUUCCAUACAGACAUUUCCUUACUGUCGGACAGGGUAAAAUAAACCCAAACAACCAGUCUGCCUUAAAGCUUAUAUUAAGCCUGUGAUUAUACCCUCAGGCUUGUCAUUAGCACCAAGUAAUAGAAAACUCAAACAAGUACCCAUCUUUUGAUGUAUGCACCUCCUGGCAUAGAGCUUAGUGAUCAAGAUCAAUUGAUGUAACUCCUUAUAGAUUCAGAGACCAAUGUCUUUAUUACUUGGAAUCUCUUGAAUGCAACAAGUUCUUAAUAUGAUUUGCUUCUGAAGCAGCUAUAAUAUUUAACAUAUUUUUGUCAGUAUUAUAUUUCAGUGUCUGAUCAUAUACAUUUACAUUGUUCACCCCUGAACCCCCUUUUUUGUCCCACCACAAUUUCCAAGUAUAUAUAUUUUGCCUUUGUCAGUGUCACAUAUAUUGCUUGACCAAGUCAUCUCUUGAUGCUGCCUUAGCAAGAUGUAAAGCUCUUACAGAUGUGCCUAAUGGCGAUCAUUUUGUCCCUCAAUGUUUCAGUUAUGUGGUUACACAUUGGAAAACAUAAUAAGAAUAUGGCUAAGCUAAUAUGCUCACUCAUCCCAACAUGAGCCACCAACUGGCCAUCAGAUACUGAGGAUAAUGUGAGUUCUAUAGUAGUUCGGCAGUAACUGGAUAGUUGGCUAGAGUUUCCCAAUAUAGAUCACAUAUUUUUAGAAAGGUUAUGAUAUAUUUUUGAAUGGGUUAUGAUAUUUUAUGGGAUGCAUUAUAAAAAAAAAAUCAAACAACAAGAAAAAAAAACCUCUGCUCAGCAGUUGAAAAAGUAAAGUGAUGCUUUAGCUAAUUGAGAAAUCUUGAUGGGCCAGUCUUACACAGCAAUAUUAACUGUGUUUAUUGUAGAGCAAUCUUAAUUUUGUAAAUCUUCAACUGCUUUUUAAUGUCCAUAAAGACACUUUUUAACUUCUAAUUAACUGUUCUGUCCACAUAACAGAGCUCUUGUGGUAGAGGGAAUGUGCAGGCACAAAAGAGAGAAUGAAGAAGGCAGCUCUAUAAUCCACAGUCCCUGGAAAAUUAGGGCAUUCCCUAAGGGUGUUAUUUUUCAGGGCAGGUUUCAGCUACCUCCCUUCUGGUUUCAAUUUCACUGGCAUGUAAACUGUCACUUCUUUAUAGGUUUUUUCCUGUGUUACAUAAAAUUUGUUUAAAAUGUAUUGCUGCAAAUGAGGUUCAAAGGGGAAAUAUUUCAUAAAACUGCAUGGUCAGAUCAAAAAUACAAAAUAAAUCCAUACGCUUAUGUUUAAAGGGACAUUACAUUCUUAGCAACAACAUAUGCCAUCGCUCUAGCCCUGCCCAUGCAGAGCUGGCUCAGGGCACAUUGGUCCAUCCUUUAGAAUUUAUCAUCUACAGAGGAUGGAAUGCUUAUUUUAAUUCAAGGUAUUACAUGUAUUUUUGUGUUUUUUACUUUAUAAAAAGAAAUAUGACUUAAUGUUUCUCAUCAAUAUUCCACUGAACUCACUGAACAAUCACAGUCAUAUAGCGAACCUCCACAAAAUGGCUGCUUAUUGCUGAGACAGUACCCUUUGUCUCACUACCUGAUAAUGGUUUUGAAUUGCUUAAGUCUCCUUUUUGGUUUGAGUUGUAAAAAAAAAAAAAAAACAAAGAUCGGAGAGAUUCUAAAACAAGGGAGAGCAAUGGAAUGGCUGAGCACAUAAUUUUUUUUUUCGUUUAAGCAUAGUAACUAGGCAGGGUAACAUUAUGAAGUCACAAUUUAUGCCCAAAACGUGGUCUGAAAGUGCAAUAUCCCACUUUACACCAGCAGUUCAUUGAAACCAUUUAUUGCAUUAUGUGACCUCUGCAAUUGCCUGUCGGCAAAAAUAAGAAAGAAACAAAAAAUUCUGUCUGUGCAUCAGUGGAUGUAGCCAAGCACACCAUGCAUUGCUUUUCCUUGUUUAGUAAAUGCAAAUUCUCCAUAUAGAAACUGUGAUCAACAGAAUUGUAUUCUUGUUUUUUUCAUAUUACAGAAAAUGUUCUUCCUUAUUUAUGUCUUGUAAUGGAACUUUAUUAUUGAUACUAUGGAUUCGGUUAUUAUUUUAUUUUCUAUCAAAACAAAAUAAAAACACAUUGGGGCAGAUUUACCAAAGGGCGAAGUGGCUGUCGCUAGAAAAAAUUCAUCAGAAAUCCCAUCCGCAGGGACAUCGCCAAUUUACAGGCGCAGACGUCCGUUCAUUAGAAAAAGAGACCACCGCUAGCAUAAUUUCGCUCCUUUUCGCAAGGUGAAUUUUCGUUACUCCGCAAAUUCACUAAAGUGGGAACUUUACAGAACAUUACCUCUUUCGCCAGAGUUUCCUUCGCCAGCUUAGACCUGGAGAACUAAUAAGAUGAAGCUACAUCCUCCUCAAUCUUAUGUCAGUGACAUCAUAUCCUGUAUGCCGGAAACUUAUAAAAGUUGUAACAAACGCUGGUGUUUUUUCAUUUUUUAAAGUGGCAUUGCUUUCAAAAGUCCUACCUAUUAAAAAU